AUGCACUUCCAAUCGCGCGUAUCCACAACCACCGUUCACGAACUCCUCUUCGCCGACCACUGCGUCUUAAACACCACCUCGGAAGAGGAGAUGCAACGGAGCACGGACCUAUUCUCCGCCGCCUGGGAGAACUUCGGUCUGGUCAUUAACACGCAGAAGACGGUGGUGAUGCAUCAACCGUCACCCAACUCAGCCACAGCCCCCAACUCGCUGCCGCAAAUCAGUGUGAACGGAACCAAACUGCAAGUGGGGGAGAACUUACCGUACCUGGGCAGUACUCUCUCCCGCAACACCAAAAUCGACGACGAAGUCGCCAACAGGAUCUCGAAAGCCAGUCAAGCCUUCGGUCGCCUCCAAAGCACAGUUUGGAAUCGCCACGGUCUUCAACUGGGCACGAAGCUAAAGAUGUACAAGGACGUCAUCCUGCCGACGCUACUGUAUGGAGCGGAGACUUGGACGGUGUACACAAAGCAGGCACACCGUCUGAACCACUUCCACUUCAGUUGUCUUCGCCGCAUCCUUAGGCUGAACUGGCAGGAUCGCAUCCCCGACAGUGAUGUGUUGGAACGAACGGGAAUCCUCAGCAUCUACGCCAUACUGAGACAAAUGCAGCUACGCUGGAGCGGCAACCUGGUGCGCAUGGACGACGAGCGACUACCCAAACGACUCUUCUACGGAGACGUCGCGACGGGCUCUCGUCGUCAAGGAGGCCAGAUUCGCCGUUACAAGGAUACCCUGAAGUCCUCCCUGAAGCGCCUGCAAAUCAACCCCACCAACUGGGAGGAGCUCGCACUCGAUCGACCGACCUGGAGGAGGACAGUGAAGACAGGCGCUGCGAUCUACGAAGCCAACCGCAUCGCUGCCGCCAAAGCGAAACGUGAAGCCCGCAAAGCACAACUUCGCCCAGUAAGCAACGCCGCCGCACAACCGCUUCCAACGUGUCCAUGACUUCACAUAUUGAGCAAGACUUCCCCUCGCCCCACUAGCGAUCCACGCCGCAGCAACGCGGUCGCCUGGUUAACGCGGCCCCACGACCUGACUAGUGGACAAGCACUUGGUGAGAGGGCCGCGGUUCGCGCAUGUGUACUCCCAGUGCCCGACACCGCGCCAGACGGACCUGCACCCAGGCCGAAAUUCUGCACACGUGCGAUGAUGGCGGAGCGGCUAGAGCCUACGGGAGGACUUGAUUGUGAUUGACCCUUCCCCAGGUCACACGAGAGUUCGUUUCCGGUCAUUUGGGCAGGAGGUCUGUCGUUGGUAAUUGAGUUCGAAGCGCUACUGUCAUUACUUUGAAAACAGGCGCCGUCCUCAAUAUACCGGGAGACCAGUUGAUUGUCAACUGUUGCAGUAGCAAGUGGUUCGUACGCGUGACGGUUUUGGGGUGCGUGAUAGUCUGUAGUUUCGGCAGUACAGUACCAUUCCGCAAUUUAUCCACGUCAGAAUUACAUUACCGAAAAAAGCAAGAAAGACUGAAGUGGACGCUUCUGGCUUAUUAGCCACCAUUCUUGUCCUUUUAUGUAAUGAUAUUCUGACUAUCUUACACAUCGCUGAGCGGCUGCUGGCGGGGCUCGAUAGAGCGAGUUCCGUAACACGAUCUGUGGGCGCCCCGCUAUCAAUGCUCAUGUCCUUCGUAGUUGCUUCAAGAAGGUCUUGGAAGGCCACCUUGGUCCCGUUAUUCUCAAACACGUUAUUUCUUCCCUUGGGGUUAGCCAAAACCAUGGCCAUCUUCCGAGAAUACACUCUGAUUGCUGCAUGCCGAUGACAACGUGUACUUAACUUGUCGCUUUUUAAAUUCCUCAGAAAUUAUCUACGAACUUUGAGUGGAUCAGUUUAAUCAAGGGCUACAAGUUCAGACCGAUAAUUUUCUGCAUGAAUAUUUGGGCCGAAGCCCAUCAGUCACAGCGGAUAACCGCGUAAUAUUAAUUAACUGCCGACAGGCAGCUAGUAGUAUACAUUAGGGCAAGGUGAUACCAUAUUAAAAGCACAGGUACUAGCCAAAAACCCACUGACACACUGACGAGCCGAACCUCUCGCAACUGCACCAUGCAGCGGCAGAAUAUCGGCGAAACGCGCGUGUAUGGGCUUUUGGUUAGUACCUGUGCUGUUAGGAUGGUAUCAACUUACCCUAAAGUAUACUUAAAUUCUGUUCGCGGAGUGUCGCUUUGAAAAAAAAAUCGCGUACAGCACUUGGAACACAUGUUGGAUUACACUUUAGUGAGUACUGCAGGGUGACAAUAUCGUAUUUUAUAGUUUAGGGAAGCGCCUUACGCAGUAUUUUAACUGGAACAGAAACUGCCUAGAUACUUUUUAAUAUUAGCAGUGUUUUGUGUGGAGAUAUUGCCACUAUGAUUGGAAUCAUUUUCAUACAAGGUGUCCCAGCGUCUGGGAGCCAGGAGUGCGCUUGAGCUAUGCUCACAGUCGAGUCCGCCGCGAAGCUCAAAACGCGGUUCUGCUGGGAAAUGGUGGCGCGUGCAAUAUAGUAAAUGCGGUAAAAGGGGCUUUACGGAUGGGACUGCGGGAAAACAAUUAAGGAUGUGCGAAAACUAUAGAAAAACGUAGUAAAUACGCUUGUUUUUAGUGAACACUAAAAUCUCGGCGUAAGCAGCGCGCAAUACAAAACAUCAUUGCAGGGACCACUUGAACCAAUAUCUACGUAGGAUAAGGGUAAUUGGCCCGUCAAGGUCAUCGAAACUGAACCGCCCAAUGGUAUUACCGACAGAAACAAGGGGGAGACUGGAUUGGCCAUUUCUGACUUAUUGGCCAUCCUCAACCAGUCAUACCCAACCCCGGAGUGUGAAACACCUGCGGGACGAUCUCGCGACCUGUUAGAUCCAAAGAAACGAUCAGCAAGUGCUCCCCUACCACUGUAUAUUUCCGAUCACAACUGGCAAGACAACAAGCCUGUGGCUCAGUAGUUAGGGGCGUUGGACUUGUAACUAACAGGUCGCGAGUUCGCGCCUCGGGUGUUCCACACUUCGGAGUUGGGUAUGACUGGCUGUCGACGGCCAAUAAGCCAGAAAUGGCCAUUCCAGUCUCCAUUGUCUCCUGAGGACCUGGUUUGUGCACUUGCGUCACGUCCUGGGUCGGAAACUUCCAUGGUGAACGGUAUAUCCGCACGCCUGCCGUUGUCUGACCGACGUCAGUGGAUGCGUUCCCGGUGGCGUUGAUCAUGAGUCACGGCUUGGCCCGUCAUUUGAUUGGCUGGUUGCGGGACUGAAUAUGCACCUGCUCAUGCUGUGACGUGUUUCUCUGGCUUGAAGGGCCGAUGAGCGCUUGACGUUUAAUAAUCCCUGACCGGAGUGCGCAGUUGCAUUUGCUUGUGCUAGAAACCACAUGUGCAACGCCGAAACACCCGCUCAUCAACCCCAGGAGGUUACUUCAUGCGGCCACGAAAUAGGAGUUUGGGAUACUAGUUAGUACCUACGUUUGAGGUGUAUUAUCCAUUUGGUUGUGCAAUUCUUGUGUGCGAAGUGUUCUGGUAGUUCGUCCGUCUUUAUAAAUGGCGGUCAUCCCCACCAGAUGGUUUUCGUUUCGGGGUUAAUCACCAGGAUUUGCGCGGAUCCAGAGGUGACCCAUAAUUAUUACUCUACUUAGAAUUACGUCAUUUCCUUGUGCACCAUCUUGCCGAGUGCAUAUCAAUUGUACGACCUGCCUUUCUUUAGGAUGCUGGUCGGACUAAAGUCAUUGUCCGUGGCAAAACUGCGUACAUACAGAAGACCACUAUUUCACGACAUCUCAAAUUCUACGUUCUGCACGAAGAGCUCUUCGCAUGUGUCCGUGGAUCGUGUUUCCGGCUGUCUUUCCUAAGGGCUUUGGGAUGUGAACAUACCAAACGAUACGGUAAGUUACCGAUGAAAAAGUGUUCAUAGUAGCCUGUCGUCAUUUUUAAUUACGGUCUCUCAUCCCCAGCGGUGUUUUGCACGGCAGCGCUGGCAGCAUCAAUCUUUAUCAUUUCAUGGAAGAGGAGGUUUCGAAGGCCAGACGCGCCACAGGAUACAUUACAAUCUGGCAUACCUGAAUGGAAGGCGAUUACGUCUGUUCUCGGCGGGCAUUCGUGAUAACGACACGCUGUCGUCAUUUUCGUUCUGACAGGGACGUACUAAAGGAGUGGGUUCGACGUCAUUGAAACCGUUCAUCAGAGUUCUCCUAUUAGGCCAUCUCUCACGGGUUUUCUAGCUUUCCAAUAGCUCUUUGCUUAUUCGCAGCACUGUAUCUGGCAAAGCGUUUUGUGACAUGCUGAUAUUCGAACCGCGACUUUGGCUACGCGGAAUAUUCGUUCCCAGCACUGUAUCUGGCAAAGCGUUUUGUGACAUGCUGAUAUUCGAACCGCGACUUUGGCUACGCGGAAUAUUCGUACUACUAAUUUCACCUUCAUUAGACAUAGAAGUGGCUUUUGACAGGGGAAUAAAUGACUGCUUAGUACCCGUUUGCGUGCCCUCUUGGGUACAUUCUUCUCCUUGUCUUUCCAAGCAUCCGGUUUUUCUUCUCUCAUUAGCUCCAGCCAUCAAACUUCUAUUGGCUACUGCGUGCAUGUGUGGAAUCCUCACGAGUAUCGCUGGUUUGCUGAUCUGUUUUCUCAAAAGUGGCCAAAUGAAUCACCGGGUUUUGAAAAAACUGCGCCGCCGGGCUUCUGGUGGGGCUUCCUCCGACGACGCCGCCACCGCUGCCUCGGCGACCAUCAGGAAGGAAGACGGUUUCGCCGGCGACCGCACGCGUCCAAAACAGGUCUUUCCAACGGGCCUUCGUCUGCCGUUGCUGCGGCCACUCCACCAGUCGUCAUUGCACGAGCGCAUCGACCGGCUCACGGAUCUGCGCUUUUUCGCCGCCAGACGCGUGCAGAUCGGCAACCAGCUCUACAUCGGUUGUCACUCUCGCGUCUACAGCGGCUCCAUCUCCAUGGUCCGCUUUGUCGAUGAUGCUUCUGCCCCCGAUAAUCGUGUGGUGCUGAAGACGCUGCCAGGUAAGGCUGCUGCAAUGUGUCCUUCGAUUUCAGUUGAAGACUAG